AUGAUGUCGCAAGUAUACAGACGGACUUUACACACAACAGGACGAUUUCGAAUAUGUUCAACGAUCCCCGUGAGACAGUUCGUAAGCUCUAGAAGCUAUCCUUCCAAGAUCCUUGGCGUCGAUUACAAUAAGCAAAUCUCCGUUCUGGACACGCUGAAGCAGCAAUCACAGCGCCCGCUUACCCUGACCGAAAAGCUUCUAUACAGCCAUUUGAUCAUCGAUGGCGAGCGCAAUUGGUGCUUGGGCAAUAUUGAUCGCGGGAAGACGAUCCUUGAGCUGCGACCUGAUCGCAUUGCUUGCCAUGAUGCGACGGCGACAAUGGCUUUGCUGCAGUUUAUCAGCGCCGGUCUUCCGCACGUCAUGACGCCGACGACAGUUCACAGCGAUCACUUGAUUAUUUCCGAGAAGGGCGCUGAGGCAGAUCUGCAGCGUGCUGCCUCGGAGCAUGCUGAGGUGUAUGAUUUUCUUAGCAGUGCCUCCAAGAAAUACGGAAUUGGCUUUUGGAAGCCCGGUUCGGGAAUUAUUCACACUGUUACCUUUGAGAACUACGCAAUGCCGGGUGGACUGAUCAUUGGAACUGACUCACACACCCCGAACGCUGGAGGACUGGGAAUGCUGGGGAUUGGAGUUGGAGGCGCCGAUGCAGUCGACGCUAUGUCCGGUAUGCCGUGGGAGCUUGUGGCUCCUAAGGUAAUCGGUGUCAACCUUACCGGCAAGCUCCAUGGCUGGGCAUCCACUAAAGAUAUCAUCUGCAAAUUGGCCGGCAUCCUCACAGUGUCAGGUGGAAAGGGCUCGGUCAUCGAGUUCUUUGGAUCAGGCACCCAAACUCUCGGAGCCACUGCCAUGGCUACCAUCUGCAACAUGUCUGCAGAGAUCGGAUCUACAUCUUGCAUCUUCCCUCACUCUCCCUCAAUGGAUCGUUACUUGGUCGCGACCGGACGUGAAUAUGUGGCACAGGCGGUCAAUCAGGUUCGGGAUGUUCUCCUUACGGCCGACGAGGGAUCUCAUAACUACUAUGAUUGUAUCAUUGAUAUCGAUCUAUCGACCCUUGAGCCGCAUAUCAACGGACCCUUCACCCCUGAUCUGGCGCAUCCAAUCUCCCAAAUCAAGUCUGUUGUUGCUGCGAACGAAUGGCCUAUCGAACUGAGCCAUGCGAUGGUCGGAAGCUGUACGAACAGCUCAUAUGAAGACCUGGACAAGUGCAGACAACUUGUGCGUCAGGCUAAGGCUGCUGGUGCUGAGAAGUUCAAAAUCCCGUUUCUCCUCACGCCAGGAAGCGAGCAGGUUCGAGCCACAGCCGAGGCUGAUGGAAUCCUAGACGAGUUGAGAGAUGCCGGCGCCGUUGUCAUGAGCAGCUCGUGCGGACCCUGCGUGGGCUCGUGGGACCGCAAGGAUGUGGAUGUCAAGGGCAAGGAGAAGAACUCCGUCAUUUCCAGUUUCAACCGAAACUUCAUCGGCAGACAUGACAGCAACCCUGCUACGCAUUCUUUCGUGACCUCCCCGGAAACAGUUACUGCAUUCGCAUAUGCUGGUCGUCUUGAUUUUGACCCUCUUGUUGACGAGAUUACUGGAUUCGAAGCGCCAUUCAAACUCGAGCCGCCCGCGAACCAAGAGCUUCCAGCUCAUUUCGAGACCGGUAUCGAUACAUUCCAAGAGCCGCCGCUUGACGGCUCUGACCUGACUAUUGCCAUCGACCCUAAGUCCGACCGCCUACAACUACUUAGCCCUUUCCAGGGCUGGCAAGAAGGGAACGCCGAUGAUAUGGAGAUUCUCAUCAAGGUCUCUGGGAAAUGCACAACUGAUCACAUCUCUCCCGCGGGUCCAUGGUACAAAUACCGUGGUCACCUUGAAAACAUCAGCAGUAACAUGUUGACAACCGCCACCAAUGCCUUCCUCUCGAAAGACCCCCAGCUUCUCGGGCAUACCAAGCACCCAUUGACUGGAGAUGUGGAUGUUGUGCCAAAAGUUGCUCGUGACCUCAAACGACAGGGUUUGCGCUGGUGUAUCAUUGGUGACAAUAACUAUGGCGAGGGUAGUUCUCGCGAGCACGCAGCGCUGGAACCCCGUUUUCUCGGUGGUACGGCUGUGAUUGCCAGAUCUUUCGCUCGUAUCCAUGAAACAAAUCUGAAGAAGCAGGGUAUGCUUCCGCUGACUUUUAACGACCCCACAGCUUAUGAUCGUAUCGCGGAGCGUGAUCGAAUUUCUUUGCUUGGUGUUGAAGACGGCAAACUUCAGCCUGGUCAUCCUGUUACCAUGAGGGUCAAGAGUAGAGAUGGCAGUGUUUGGGAAACUCAGCUUAACCAUAGCUUCCACCAGGGCCAGCUCGCUUGGCUCCGGGCUGGUAGUGCUUUGAAUCAUAUCAAGAGUAAGACAAUGAGUUGA